UGGCACUGAGGGGUCGUCGGGGCGAUCGAGGCAGAGAGGAAGACAGGAAGCGGCCGUCUCACCUUCGGGAGCGCUGAUGAAAGCGAGGACGUGAGAAAGAAGAUGAAAGGCAAGAAAUCGGCGAGGAACAACGUUUAGUCGCCGCUCUCCCUCGACCAAUCAUCUUCUUUCAUUCCAACUUAAGCUCCUCCCCCGCCCUCGUUUAUUUAUUGACAUACAGAAAAGAAGAAGAAGAAGAAGAACUACAAUAACAAGGAGAAAAAGAAGAAGAAGAAAAGAUUCCAUCUCCUACUCCACACCAAAACCCGCCAUGACCCUGCUGGCCUCCGAGAGGUCCCUUCUCAUUCGGAACAAGUUCCGCUCAGUGCUGCAGUUGAGGAUCCAGAACAGAAGGCAGAGUGAGAUCCAUGCGGACCCCGGCUCAAAAUCAUCUACUUCCUGUCAGGAAAAAGAGAUGGACAAGAGUGGCGCUCUGCGUUUAACAGACGACGGCGCCGCCCAGAAGACGCCCCCUAGUGGCGUCAAGGCUGAAAUUGCACAAGAGAAGAGCGACUGCGGCGUCCCCAGGCAGAGAAAGUCUCGCCGGGUCCAGGACCUCAGAGAGGGGAUCCAAGAUCCACCUGGACCCCAGGGCCGCAGAGACAAACCGCCCCCGGGGAACGGCGCCACCGCUUUCCCGCCCGCGGUGGACGUCUUCGAAGAUGACGUCUCCCGCUGCUCCGCCUCUUCCUCCUCCGCCUGCUCGCCGAGGGCUCGGCAGGCGGCGGCCUUGGCAACAGGGGACAGCCAAUCACAGAGUGACUUGUCGUCAGCGGCCACGCCCCUCAACCACAGCCCGGGUCACGCUCAGACUGGUUUGGCGUUUCCACCGGCGACCGAGGGAAUCGGCUCACCAAUGAGCAACUCCACGGCGACCGCCAGCAGACCAACCGGGAUCUUCCUGAUCUCUCAGACCACGCCGCUGCUGCCAAAGACAGCUCGGCCUCCGAGUCCCUCCCCUUCCCCUUCCCUGACGUCCGCCUUCAACCUCAAGCACCUCGGUCGCUCACGGAAGCCGCGGGACAGCAAACCCAAAAUGAAGAAACUCAAGUAUCACCAGUACAUUCCUCCGGACCAGAGAAGAGGUUCUGGGGUUGGAGGGGAAGGAAGCAAACAGAGGAGCCCUCCCUCCCAGCCCCUAGACCCUGCUUAUUCCCAUCUGGUCAAGCAGCAGCAGGUCUUUCUGCAGUUGCAAAUCAUUCAGAACCAGCAGCAGCAAGAACAACAAGUCACGGUUGUACACAGUAGAGAUCAAAAUCCAUCUGGAGCACUCCGCCUGAAGCCCCAUCCUGCUGCCACCAACCACGCGUCAAAGGACACCAACCUUGUGUCCAAACAUGACCUCCUCCCUGCAAAUCUCAUGGAUCUUACAGUGUCAGAGUUGAGGCAACAGCUGCGUAAGCGAGGCCUCACCGUCUCUGGCACGAAGCCCACCCUGCUGCAGCGACUUCGCCCUUUUCAGCUUCCCCCCACUUGUGUCACUCCCGCUCCACUCUACCAGCUAGGGGGCAGCAUUGAACCCUCCAUGACGCCCUCGCACCCAAUGCUGGUCAACCGGAGCCCAAACUCAACCUGCAGCUCUGGAAACUCGCCAGGCAGCAGCCCAAGCCAGCAGACAUGCAUUCAGGAUCAGGAAGUCCCCAAUGGCAUUCUGAACAUUGUCCCAAAUGGUCUCUGCAGUAAUCUCUCUGUCAGUCUGGCUGGUGAACAGUGCAGUUCUAUCAAUGCGGUCUUCUUGAAUCCUGCUUGUACUGCCUCUGGAGAACCAAGUCCCAGUCUACCCUUGUCGUCUUCUUCACCCGUGCAGUGUGGAACCCCAUGGAGGACUGAGUUAGGUUCCGACUUGGACCAGAAAGAGAGGAUAAAUAGCCGGGCAAAAGACGCAUAUACCGAGUUUUGCAAAGGAUCCCUUCAUCCAUUCCUGCAACAGGAUCCAGGAUGCUCGCAUGCAAAGCCAGAAAAAGAGGCACAAACAAAAGUGUUAUUCACAGAGGUGUUCUGCUCCAAGCCUUGUGACAUGAUAGGCCGGGACUAUGAGUUGCCAGUCCAGAUCACAUCAAGCCCUGACCAAAACUCGCCUGGCAUUCGCAGUUUGGAGGAGGAACUCCUGGAGGCCAUCCAAAAAGCACAGAUGGACCCUCGACAGUCCAUAGAAGACAUUUUGGAUGAGCCCUUUGUUUCUGUUGACUCAAAGAUUCCUACCCCCUCACCCCUUUCUCCACCUCCUCAAGUGGAUCCGCCCCUGAAGUCCCAGCAUCAAUUUAAGGAUGCCAACUUCCUGCCUUCCCCUCUUUGCUCCUCUCUCCUCCUGGAGCUGCCUCCGUCUCCCGCGGUGAUCCCGCCGAGUCAUGUCAUCCCGGCGCUCUUGCCUCCUCCGAUUUGCAACUCCCCUCCUCUGGUGUCUGCGGCCGGAAAGUCACGUAAACGUCGCGCCCAGGCCAUGAUCGAUGCGGCUGACAUCCUGGAGACUCUUACGUCCGGCUUCAGGCCUCUCACACCACCGGCGGCCCCCUUUGGGGAGACGGACUUCGGUCUGGAUUCGGAUCUGAACAUCAAUCGAGUGUUGGAUCUGAUGAUAGAGCAGUGGUGAGUGUGAAUCAGCAUCCGUCACUGCGGCUGUCGGAAUCAUCGACUCCACGCAAUGUCGGGAGUGUGAUUUCUUGCGGCCAUGAUAAACAGUCACACUCUCAGCCAAUGCAGAAUGUGGCUAAAAAGCACUUUGGGCAGAUGCACAUGCUCCAUAGCGCCAUGUUUGCGGUGCAGAAACAAAAGACAACCUGCUCCUGCAAUGUGUAUCCAAAGUACUGGGUAGUUUUUCUUUGACCUAGCUCCAAAACCCAUCGUCCGUCUGGGCUAUAAAAGCCAGACAGGGCACACACAGCUUGACUCUGGCUCCAAAACCUUCAUCUUCAAGCCAGACUCACAGAGCUGGCAUGCGCCACCAAACAAGAAAGUGAUUAAAGCAAGCACUUGCGUGUGUGUAUGUUGUCAAACUGUGUGCAACACAAAAGUCUAGGAAAGCACUUGUCCGUGUAUGUUUGCUUGGUUCGAAGAUAUAAGCCGUCAAUUAUUUUGGCAACACAUUCGACCCCACGCCAGGCGGCUUCCUGAAAACUGCUCCGAUCAGAUUUUUCCAUCCAUCCAUUUCCUACCACUUGUCCCUUGCGAGGUCGCCGGAGCCUAUCUCUGCUGCAUUCGGGCGGAAGGCGGUGUACACCCUGGACAAGUCAACACAGAUAGACAGACAACAUUCACACUCACAUGUCUAUAGAGGUGGGAGGAAGCCAGAGUACCUGGAGGGAACCCACGCAGUCAUGGGGAGAACAUGCAAAUCCCACACAGAAAGACCGCAAGCUCAGGAUCGAACCCUGGACCUUCGUAUUUAAACCCUGUUCGACAGUGCUGCCCUGGGGAGGUGUUUAAGGCACGUCCGACCACGUGGAAUACCCAGGACACGGUGGAGAGACUAUGUCUCCCAACUGUCCUGGGAAGGCUUAGGGAAGAUUCUGUCAGAUAAGUGAAAGAAGUUGGAUAGAUGGAUAAGAAUAUACCGAUCAGAUUCCGUAAAUAAUAACAAUUAUAGUCGUUUAUUUACCUGAACCACAAAGUGGAGAUGGAAGCAGAAGAUAAUUAGAGACACGCUUCUAAAACAUGUAAAGAAUGGAUUAUGUUCCCCAUAACCCGGUCUUUAUUUUCUAUAGAGAAUAAUCUAGUACACAAAGUAUUAUCAUCAGUGGGUAAUCCAUCCAUCCCUUUUCUACCGCUUGUUCCUUUUGGGGUCGCGGGGGGUGCUGGGGCCUAUCUCAGCUGCAUUCGGGCAGAAGGCAGGGUACACCCGGGACAAGUCGCUCUUCAUCGCAAGCCCAACACAGAUAGACAACAUUCACACACACAUUUAGUGUUGCCAAUCAACCAAAAACAUUAAAACAAAACAAAUAAUCCCCGCCCCCCCAUCUUUUUCCAUUUUCAGUCCUUAUUUUAAUUGCCCCAGGGAGCACAAAAGAGCCACGGGUUGCUGACCACCCCCCGAGUUAGGAUAAAUGUGUAAUGUUUUGCGUUUUUUUUUAGGCUGAUUUAAUGAGCUGAUGUGACAAUUCUGGGUUAGGAAUUCCUCCGGAAAUAUUCACCUGCAGUGUAUUCAUCAUUCACAGGCAGACUGACGAUAAAAAUGUGCGUAUGUUCUCUUCAGGGUUCUACGGCGCAAAAAAAAAAGACGUAGAAAACACAACCCACUUGAGACGGGCGAGAAGUGUUUGUUGCCUGAUUAAACUUAGUCGGCGUCGCUUCCGAGCCUGAUUGAGCCGAUUUAUUCUCCUGCCGCAUUCAGAAGGCAGCCACGAGACACACCUGCUGAUUAAUUGUACGACUGUACAACAACUCAUGUUUGAUUAAUAAACGUGACUAAAUAAAAUACACAAAUGCACUCCAGGAGCUGCACAAAAGACCUUUUUUUGAACACAACAACCCCUCACUUACUAUUUUAGAAUGUGACCACUGGCCAUGUGACUUUAAUUGGCCGAGCAGCCAAUCACGUUGCAGGGCUCUGAUUGGCUGGUUUUCCGUGUGGUGUCAUUCCGCAGAAUUGUUGUGUGCUGAUAAAAAUAGGCAGGAGUGGAAGCGAUCAUGCCGGUUCUUUCCCAGCUUGGUAAUAACAUGCAGUCACAGCAAGCUUGUACCGCUGGUUUAUGAUAAUCAUAGCCGGCCGGAAAGCCUUGCUUUCUGCAUGUGAAAGAAACAAAACAAAACAAAAAAAAAAGAAUAAGAAGAGAAAAUAAAUGGGCAGGAGAGUAAGAUGCUACCUCCUGUGACUUCCAAAGCUUUUGCUCCUUUUUGUUGUUUUUUUUGCUAACUUUGUGAAUCAACAUGUGCUGGUGUCUCCAUGACGAUUUGAUUUCCUCAAGAAACGCCUGACUUUUUGUGGGAAACAAGCUGCUAUGAAACAAAAUGACUUUUAUUUAUUCUGUAACUUAUUGAUGCUGGAAAUGUUCACCGCUGUCCAAGUAUUAAGAAAGCAUUAUGAAAAUUAAAGUCUUAAUAGAUUUUUA